AUGUCCGCGUCCCAGCAUCCCCCGCCUGAGUCACAAAAAUGGCCCCAGCAUCGCCAUGAGUCCACGCCAGCAGAUACCCAUUCUAUCGACAGUUCAACCACGUCCGAGGAUACUAUCGAGGUGGAAGCGCUGGCCCAGAGCCUGUCGGCCCAUGCGUCUCGCCUGUCCCAGCCCUCUUUGGCUCGGAAGAUCACAUCCAUCGCAACCAACGGGACGUCGGAUCCGAAUUACGAGGUCGACUUCGAGGACGAGGAGGAUCGGACGAAUCCCAAGAACUGGUCACUGAAAUACAAGGCUUUCGGUAUUGCGGUGUUAUCGUAUAAUACUCUGAUCGUCGUCCUAUAUUCAACCUCGUACACUUCGGGUGUGGCAGAGAUCGCUGCGGAAUUCGACUCCUCUAAUACCAUCGUCACCUUGGGCUUGACAUUCUAUCUGAUUGGCCUGGCAAUUGGCUCCAUGUUCAUGGCACCCUUGAGUGAGGUGUACGGCCGAAAGCCGGUUUCCAUCGUCUGCCUGUUCAUCUUCACCGUGUUGAUCAUCCCCUGUGCCCUGGCUAAAUCUGUGGAGGCACUCAUCGUGGUACGCUUCAUUGGCGCCCUGUUCGGAAGUGUCAUGAUUUCCACCGCCCCAGGAAUGGUAUCGGAUCUAGUCAAUGAUGAGCAGCGGGCUCUAGCCAUGUCGAUCUGGAGUAUUGGUCCCGUGAAUGGUCCAGUGCUGGGUCCCAUUAUUGGAGGAUUUGUCACGCAGUACUUGGGAUGGCGAUGGAUGUGCUGGAUAGCGUUGAUCCUGUCGGGCGUGGCGCUGGCCUUCUCCUGUGUCAUGGAGGAGACGUACGGGCCCAUCAUCCUUCAGAAAAAGGCAGCGCGUCUACGCAAGGAGACCGAUGAUUCGCGCUGGUGGAGUCGAUACGACCAGAAGACCAGCCUCGGAGAGAUGUUGAAAGUGAACUUGGGACGGCCAUUUGUUAUGGCCGUAACCGAGCCCAUCUGUAUAUUCUGGAACAUCUAUAUUGCCAUCGUUUACGGCAUUCUUUACCUUUGCUUCACGGCCUAUCCCAUCGUUUUCCGUGACAUUCGCGGAUGGUCGCUAGGCCUCUCGGGUCUGGCAUUCCUAGGCAUCGGCACUGGCUGUCUCAUCACCAUCGUAUGCGAACCGCUGAUCCGUCGCAUGAUCAACAGCCAUCGCAUCGACCCUGAGACCGGAAAAGUGGCCCCGGAAGCCAUGGUAUCGAUCGUCUGUAUCUCCGCCAUUCUCAUCCCCGCCGGUGAACUCUGGUUCGCGUGGACCUGUGCCCCGGCUUCCAUCCACUGGAUAGUGCCCAUACUGGCAGGCGUCCUCUUUGGCGCGGGAAAUACCGGUGUCUUCAUAUACGCGUCCAACUACCUUACUUACAGCUACGGCGUGUACGCUGCAUCCGCCAUGGCGGGUAACUCCGUCAUACGAAGUGUCCUUGGAGGUGUUCUGCCACUCGUUGGCACGUAUAUGUACGCGGGAAUCGGGCCCAAUUGGUCCGGUACGCUGCUGGGCCUGCUCGAGGUCCUCAUUAUCCCGAUCCCUUUUGUGUUUUAUAAAUACGGGUAUAGGAUCAGAGAGAAGAGUACGCUGAUCAGGCGCAUGCAAGAAGAUAAAAGACGACUGGAAGGAAAGCGGAAGCGACUGAUGCAGCGGCUGGAGGCCGCCGCCGCCCAAGCGGAGGCAACAGAGAAGGAGAAGGAGAAAAUGGAGCCGAGCACAUUGACCCAUGCACCCACGCGCAGCUCCUCCGACGUGACGGUCUCCAGGACUGCGUUGAUAUCAACCGAUACGGUUGGCUCAGCGUAUGUCAUCGGCCAACGAGGGGAAAACGCAGUUCCUCCAUCGCCGUCGCCUACUCUCGCCCUCGCUCUCUCACUCCUCUCGUCUCUGCUAGUCGGCAACAUUCUUCCUCUCUUUCCCGGAGACCUUGCUAUCCCUCAAGUCAUUUACCUUCUGUCUGGCGUAAGAUCCGAUCGCGCGGUAUCUCCCCCUCCGAAUCUCGUCUGGUCUCGUCCCCCUCGCCUCUUAUCUUCGUCCUUGAAUCCCGCCGAUCUCUCAGAUCUGUUGUCAGACGAUCGCAAAGAAAGUUUCUUUCCAGACCUUUCCAGAGUACAUAUUCUGCAUCUCCGCCCAACAGACCCUCGUAUUGAGUGGGUCAUCGAUUCCAAGAUCCGCAUCUACGCACGUCUCGUCUCAUCUCUAUCCGUCAUGGUGUGGUCGUGGUUUGGUGGCGCCGCUGCCCAAAAGCGGAAGGAUGCGCCCAAGGAGGCGAUCCUGGCGCUACGAGAACAUCUCGAAAUGCUUCAAAAGCGAGAGGCGCACUUGACAACUCUGAUGGAAGAGCAAGAGAAUGUGGCGAAGAAGAAUAUCAGCACAAAUAAGAACGCCGCUAAGGCUGCUCUCCGAAGGAAAAAGGUCCAUGAGAAGAACCUCGAACAGACUACGGCACAGGUCGCCCAGAUGGAACAGCAGAUCUACUCGAUCGAAACGGCGAAUAUCAACCAGAAGACUCUGGAGGCGAUAAAGUCGGCUAACACAGCCAUGAGCCACAUCCAUGGCUCGUUGACUAUCGACAAGGUGGACGAGACAAUGGAUCAACUCCGGGAUCAACAUCAACUCAGCGAGGAAAUCGCAUCAGUCAUCGCGAACAACCCGCUCGGCGAACAGCCAGACGAGUCCGAGUUGGACGCAGAACUCGAGGGUUUGGAACAGGAGGCCAUGGACGAGCGCAUGCUCAAAACCGGCACGGUACCCGUCUCAGAUCAACUCAAUCGGCUACCUGCCGCGGGGACUGGGGAACUCAAGAACAAACCACAGAAGGCCGAGGAAGAAGACGAGGAAGCAGAGUUGGAGAAGCUGCGUGCAGAGAUGGCCAUGUGA